UAUGUAAAUAUUGUCACUCAUUAAUUUUCCUUAUAUGUAACUAUUUGACAUAUUGACUUGGUGUAUAACUUGUAUAAUUAUAUAUUAUUAAAGGAUUCUAACGAUAUUAUACUUAAUUAUGAAGUAUUUGCUCCUAUUUAUUGUCGCAAUUGCUAUUGCAUCUGCUUUUGGUAGACCUCAAUAUGAUGGAUAUCCAGUUAACGGCGCUGCUUCGGAUAACAAUUAUCUCUACAAAUAUAUGGUCAAGCAAGAGCCGUAUGGGCCUAAUUUUGGACAACGGGAGUCGCGGAUCGGUAACCGUGUUAUCGGCAUGUACUAUGUGUUGUUACCUGAUGGACGUAUACAGAAGGUGGAUUAUGUAGCAGAUGAAAAUGGAUACAGACCUACAGUCACCUAUCUACUCCCCAACUAGAUUUCAUCGUAAUAAAUCUAGCACAUUCAAGAAAUUAUUAUAUAACUCAUAACUUAUGAUAAUCUAAUAAAUGUAGAAAAUUUGUUUAUUUG